AUGGCAGGCCACAGUAAAUGGGCGAAUAUCAAACACCGAAAAGGUGCACAGGAUAAAAAGCGGGCCAAAGUCUUUACCCGCAUUCUCAAAGAAAUACAUAUUGCGGUUAAGGAGGGUAAUGACACUGAUCCCGACACCAACCCUAAAUUACGCCUGGCUAUACAGAAUGCUAAAGGGGCCAAUAUUCCUAAAGAUACUAUAAAACGUGCUAUUCAUAAAGCAUCCGGAGCUGACUCCGAAAAUUAUGAAAACGUAAGUUAUGAAGGUUACCUGCCGCAUGGUGUAGCUGUAUUUGUGGAAGCCUCAACCGGUAACAUCCAGCGCACAGUGGCCAAUGUGCGGUCUGUAUUCAACCGUUCCGGUGGAAGCCUGGGCACGAAUGGUUCUCUGGAGUUUAUUUUUGAUCAUAAAGGAGUUUUCACCCUUAGCCGCAAGGAACUGGGUGAACGCAACCGCGAAGAACUGGAAUUACAGCUUAUAGAAGCCGGAGCUGAGGAGGUGGAAAAAACCGAGGAGCUAUGGGUGAUCACCACGGCAUUUGAAGAUUUUGGCCCUUUUCAGAAUAAACUGGAAAACCUGGGUAUUGAAACCCGCAGUUCUGAACUGGAACGUAUUCCCAAUUCAACCGUUACCCUUAAAUUAGAUGAGGCCAGAAAGAUAUUGGAAGCCAUUGAUCGCUUUGAAGAAGAUGACGAUGUGCAGAACGUUUUUCACAAUCUGGAGAUGACCGAUGAGUUGGAAAUCGCAUUACAAAGCGAAGAUGACUGA